UAUCCCUGCCUGCAGAGAGGACCAGACCCUCAUCGCAACCAGGGCUGAUGGCAGCUGCUGCCUGGCACACAUCUGUAUGUGUGGUGCCUGUUGGGAGGUGGUUCCAAAUUGCCAGGAUGGAGAGGUGUUGACGGUGGACGCCAACAGUACAGACCGCUGCUGUCCUGUCUACCACUGUGUGUGUGAGCCGUACCGGUGUGCUGAGUUCUCAUGUCCCUUGGGGAUGUCCACUGUCACAGUGUCCACUCCAGACCGCUGCUGUCCCCUACAGACCUGCGAGUGUGCGUGUGAGAAACUGUCACGGCCGAAAUGUGCUCUGGGAGAGGCCAUGCAGGUGGACAAGGCCUUCCUAGCAGAUCCAACUAACCAGUGUUCCUGUAAGAGAUUUAACUGUGUGCGUGAGGCGGUGUGUGUGUACGGCGAGCGGGGUGUUAUGCGUCCGGGACAGACCCUCGUGGAUCACAGUGAGGAUGGGGUGUGUCUCACCACCCAGUGUACCCACAGCCUGGAUCCCACCUCAGGCUUCCAUCACCUCCGCGCCACCACCACCAACUGCUCUGCUCAGUGUCAGCCGAACCAGAUAUACAUCCCUCCCAAAGACCAGACGAUGUGCUGUGGUGUCUGUAAAAACAUCUCCUGUCUCUACCGCAAUGACAAUGGCACUGCACUCCUCUACAAGCCUGGGAAGUCGUGGGUGUCAGACUGUAUGAAGUAUGACUGUACCGAGACACUGUCAGGCCCCACCCUGGUGUCCUACUCCUUCAGCUGCCCACCCUUCAACCAGACAGAGUGUAUGAAGAUUGGUGGGACCAUUAUAAGUUACAUGGAUGGAUGCUGCAAGACAUGUAAAGAAGAUGGGAAGUCCUGUCAGAAGGUGACUGUAAGGAUGACGAUACGGAAGAAUGACUGUCGCAGUAACAGACCGGUCAACAUAGUGUCAUGUGACGGGAAGUGUCCCUCGGCCAGUAUUUACAACUACAACAUCAACACGUACGCCAGGUUCUGUAAGUGCUGCCGUGAGAUGGGGCUGCAGAGGCGCUCUGUUCAGCUCUACUGCAGUGGGAACUCCACCUGGGUCAGCUACUCUAUACAGGAACCCACCGACUGCUCCUGCCAGUGGUCUUAGUGAGCCACACACAGAGACACACACACAUACAUGCACAGGUACACGCACGUGAUCGUAUGCACACAAUGAACGUAUUCACGCAGGUGCACACACACACACACACACACGUUACGUAUACACACAGGCACACGUGUGGUGUGCACGCACAUGCACACACACACUGCAGAGACACUACUAUUGUACGUCAAGAGGGACAAGAGAAGGCUUGGGUGUAGCAGAGCGUGGGUUUGGGGCUUUGGGCAGUUGAAGGUGGGUAGGGAUGUGUAUGAACACGGCCCAUGACGGCAUCUUUACAGGCUGAGAGGAGGCGGAAGCUAUGAACCGGCUGUCAAAACUGGCUAAUUAAAAGGCGCCGUUACACUUCCAUGUUGAUAAUGUUCUUGUUCACGUUUCUCACUCAGUCACCCGUUGUUUUUAAAAUUCUGCUUUUCUAUCUCUGAAAGUCAGUCUAGAUGUCAGGUGACUUUGUGGAUCCAGAGCUGUAGCGCCAGUGUAGGUUGGGAAAUGUCAAUUCAAAGUGGCUUGUCUGUGUGUAUUUUCACAGUUUGUUACUCUUCCUUAUACCUCAUUGGUAGCUCUUUCAGAGGUGUCCCCAAAAAAUCCACAACAAUUUGAAACAUUAUUUGAGUGUGUAUUCUUUGGCACUAAGAAUACACAGCUUUAGUACUGUAGCUGAAUUCCAAGUGUAUUGUACUACAUGUACAGGACCAGUAAAAUACUACAUAUACAGUACCAGUAAAAUACUACAU